UCGGCGCGCGGCGGGCGCCAUUGUGGUGCGGAGCAGGCCGCGCGUAGCCAGCCAGCGCCCGCCGCCGCUCUCCCCUCUCUCUCUCUCUCCUCCUCUCUCUCCCUCUUUCUGUUUCUUUCCCUCUCUCCUUCCCUCCCUCCCUUCCCCUCUCCUCUCCCCCGCCGCCAUGCCGCGCGUCUAUAUCGGCCGCCUGAGCUACCACGUCCGGGAGAAGGACAUCCAGCGCUUCUUCAGCGGCUACGGCCGCCUGCUCGAGGUCGACCUCAAAAACGGUUACGGCUUCGUGGAGUUCGAGGACUCCCGAGACGCCGACGAUGCCGUUUACGAGCUGAACGGGAAGGACCUGUGCGGGGAGCGCGUGAUCGUGGAGCACGCCCGCGGCCCGCGCCGCGACAGGGACGGCUACAGCUACAGUAGUCGCAGUGGGGGUGGUGGCGGAUAUAGCAGUCGGAGGCAAUCUGGAAGGGAUAAGUACGGGCCGCCCGUGCGCACAGAGUACAGGCUGAUUGUGGAGAACCUUUCCAGUCGCUGUAGUUGGCAGGAUCUGAAAGAUUUCAUGAGGCAGGCUGGGGAGGUCACCUAUGCAGAUGCUCACAAGGAGCGUACGAACGAAGGGGUGAUCGAGUUCCGCUCCUACUCGGACAUGAAGCGUGCCCUGGACAAGCUGGACGGCACUGAGAUCAACGGGAGGAAGAUCCGGCUGGUCGAGGACAAGCCGCGGUCGAGCCACAGGCGAUCGUACUCUGGCAGCCGCUCCAGGUCACGAUCUAGAAGACGGUCCAGAAGCAGAAGUCGCAGGAGCAGGAGCAGCCGCAGCAGGUCCCGUAGCGUCUCCAAAAGCCGCUCCCGAUCUAAAUCCAGGUCACGAAGCAAAGACCGCUCACGUUCCAGAUCUAAGAGCAGGAAGUCCAGAUCAAAGAGCAAAUCGAAACCCAAGUCUGACCGGGGUUCGCGCUCGCACAGCAGAUCCAAGGAGAAGUCCGAGAAGUCUCGAUCCAGAUCCAGGUCCAGGUCCCGAUCUCCCAAAGAAAAUGGUAAAGGAGAUGCUAAGUCUAAGUCCAGGUCAAGGAGCAGGUCCCGUUCCAAUUCUCCACAGCAGCAGCCGUCUGCCAAGGCUCGUUCAGAGUCGCCACCCAAAAGAGCUGUCUCGAGGUCCCGCUCCAGAUCUCGCUCAAAAUCCCGCUCACGGUCAAGAUCUAGUUCAAGAGAUUAAGAUGAGAACUCUCCUCUUACAUUGCACACUAUUAUGGAACAUUUUCCUACUUGUCAGGCCAUUAGUGUUAUGUUAGUACUUCAGAAGUUGGUUUUUUUCUCUUGCAGGAGUGAAUGGCCUAAGAACUAAGUCACGAGGCAUAAAGGCUUAAUUUGUAUCCCAAAUUGCAAGCCAGGAGGUGGGAUGGUGGUACAAAGCAGGAAGAGUCCCCCUUUUGUAGAAAUCCAGCUAAAAGUUUCAUUUUAUAGCGUUUCUGCAGGAGUAACUUCACUACUCUUCAAGUGCAAAGUGGGUUUUAUAUUAAAAAUAAACUGAGUAUGAACAGCUUCCAGCUGAGCUUUCUUGAAAGGAUCUUUUUUCCUUUUGGGUUUUUUUCCCCUGGUUUUAGAACUAUGGGUGUCAUCAGCUUAAUAGGUUACAGCUUGCUGCCAAAGGCAGGGUUGCCUUGCUGGGCAGGUCAGAUCAUUCUCUGGUUUAUCUUAACUGGUGGAAGCAGGCUGCAAGCUAUAUAAGCCAGUAAUACAAUUCUAGGGAGAUUUUUAGACCAGCAAUAACUCAAGUUGGAGCAUUUGUCUUGUAUCUUAACUUGCCAAAAGAACAUUCCCCUCAUACUGUGACUGUAUUAAAGGUAAUAAAGGUACUCUGGAACCUGUGUGGUGCAGUAUUGCUGACAAACCCUGCGUUUCAGACUUGAAAGAAUGAAAGCUUUCUGGCAUUUUUUUGCUUGAAUAUCAAGUGUCAGUGUUGUCAGACACUAAGGUGUCUCUUGGAUGUGGUCCAAGUCACUAGUAUGUUGUAUGGUUUGACAGCCUCUACCUACUGAAGAUGAAAACUAGGUAAAUAAGAACUGUCUUCCCUCCCUUUUGACUCACUUAUGUUAACAUUCUGCUUCAGACUAGGAGACUUUCUAACCCUAUUGUGUGUAAGUCUGAGUUUUAUUGGAAAUGUAAUCUCUUUGAGCUAGAGUUCUAGUCUUAACGAAGGCUUUGCUGAAACACAGUUGCCAACUCACUUAAAUUGUGGAAUAGGACUGGUCCCCAAAACUCCCCUUUCUAGCUAAAUUGAUUUUUGUAACAUGCAAUAGCAAAGGUUAGCACUGCCUUGUACUCUUUAUACAACGUGUAGUUUGACUUGUAUAAAAUUAAAUUGGUGACUCAAA